CGGACUCUCCACCACAAAAGUGAUGUCCUAGAGACUGUGGUGUUAGUCAACCCAUCCGAGGAUACGGUUGCUUUAGAGAUCCAGUCUCUUGUCACAGACUCAGCAGGACAUAAGCUCUUGGUCCUGAGUGGGCAGAACUCAGACCACGGUGAUCUGCUUCUCCAAAGUGGGGUUUUCACCUAUCAGAGCUUCUCACAAGUCUUUGCUGAUCCUGGGGUCAGUGAUUUGCUGGGCGAAGCGGCCCCCGAGCAGCGGGCCACACUCACUGUGUCCUGCCGAUCGGAGGUGGGUUGGAGCUCCCUGGGUCAGCAGCAGCACUUACGGGAGUUCCUUGAGUACAGACUGAACCCCGAGCCUGUGCUCCCCAAGAUGGAGGGAGUCACAGAGUUCACGGAGUACAUCUCCGAGACGGUGGACGUGCCUUCGCCCUUUGACCUCCUGGAGCCGCCCACAUCUGGAGGCUUCCUGAAACUGUCCAGGCCCUGCUGCUAUGUCUUCCCUGGGGGGAGGGGCGACUCGGCKCUGUUUGCGGUCAACGGCUUCAACAUCCUAGUGGAUGGAGGCUCUGAAAGGAAAUCAUGCUUCUGGAAGUUGGUCAGACACUUGGACCGCAUCGACUCGAUUUUACUCACUCACAUCGGUGCAGACAAUCUGCCAGGCAUCAACGGGCUCCUUCAGAGGAAAAUAGCAGAGCAGGAAGAGGAACAGUCACAAGGCUCUGCUAGCUACAGUGAUUGGAUGAAGAACCUGAUCUCUCCAGAGCUUGGUGUGAUCUUCUUCAAUGUACCCGAGAAGCUACGUAUGCCAGAAUCAAACCUAAAGGUCAAGCGUAGCAUCGAGGAGGCCUCACUCACGUUGCAGUACCUCAACAAACUGGGAAUCAAGCCGGAGCCUCUCUGUAGACUGGUCAGUAACCCUAUUGAGCCUUUAACUCUUUUCCAUAAGAUGGGAGUGGGCAAGUUAGACAUGUAUGUUCUGAACCCCGUCAAGGACAGUAAAGAGAUGCAGUUUCUCAUGCAAAAGUGGGCGGGUAACAGCAAGGCCAAAACUGGCAUUGUGCUCCCCAAUGGAAAAGAGGGAGAAAUAUCKGUACCUUACCUGACGUCAGUUACAGCAUUAGUCGUCUGGCUUCCUGCCAAUCCCGCAGAAAAGAUUGUCAGAGUGCUGUUCCCUGGAAACGCACCGCAAAACAAAAUCCUGGAGGGGCUGGAGAAAUUAAAGCACCUUGACUUCUUGCGAUACCCGGUAGCCACACAAAAAGACAUUGCCUCAGGAGCUCCACCCGCUGUUGUAAAACAGACAAAGCUGAAGCAAAGGACAGACAGCAAAGAGAGUCUCAAAUCAUCUCCCAAGACUACCAAAGCCCCAAAGAAAGAAGCAGACGAUGAGGUUUCGGCGACCACAGAGGCAAAGAGUGACUCUGUGAAGGAAGAGAGGAAACUGAAAGAGAAUGAAAAACCCACAAAAAUACUAAAAUCCAAGACUGAUGGACCAGAAAAUAAAAAACUAUUGAAGGAGAAAUCCUUGAAAAAACACUCAAAGGAAAGGGCAUCCAAGAUGGAUGAGAAAAAAGACAAGGAAAAGAAAGAYAUCAAAAAAGUCAAGAAAGAUGACYCAGCUAAAAAAGAAGACAAAAAAAAAGACCCCAAAGUUGACAAGAAAAAGGACACGUCCAAACCAGAGUUGAGAAAGAUAACUAAACCUGACCUAAAACCCCUCACACCAGAGGUCAGAAAGACCCUGCACAGGGCAAAAGCGUCAAGUAAACCCAAAACCGACAAAAGCAAAGUCAAAACGGCCAAGGCAGAGCCUGCUGAACCCAAAUCUGAGGAACUAGCAGCAGAUACCAUUCAGCCUGAGCCAUUACAGAAUGGGGCUGUUGAGGGCAUGUCUGCUUCCGCCACUCCAGAGGAUCUUACCAAGCCACCAGAGAGUGCAGUGGAGACACCAGCAGAAGAAAGCGUGACCGAAUCCCCUACCCAGGAGGAGGAGAAAGAACAGGAAACUGUCUCUCAAACUCCAACGGGCACAAAGUCUCCUGAGAAGGGAGCAGCCACAGCAAUGGAAUUUGAGACUGAAUCUCAAAGAAAAGAGGACAAAGUAGCACAAGAGCAUAAAGAAGACUUUCAAGCACAGGAUGUGGAUAUCUAUGAGGAUGAGGGAGCUGCCAUUGAGGACGAUGAGGUGGAGGAAAAAGAAGGCCUGAUAGCAGAGAGGAAAACGGUAGAGGAAGGGAUGGAGGAAGAGGAAGAUAUGGGGAUAGGGGAGGAGGAAGAGGAAGGAGAAGAUAACAGACUAGACAGGAAACAUGAGGUGGAGGAAAUGGAGAAAGCUGAAAAGCCCACAGCUAUGGCUAAAGAGGAAAGCAGAAGGCCUUCAUCCCAGGAGGAGGAAGAGGAAGAUGAAGAUGUUGUUGAAAAGGCCGAGCUGGAAGAGGUAGAAGACUUAGACGUGAUAGCUGAUGAAGAGGUCAAAGACAAACCUGAAGCGGGAGAGAAAGAAACAUCGGCCAAGAACUGGGAAAGCAAAGCAGCCGAACAGACUGCUGGAGCCAAAGAMGAGGAUGAGGAAGAUGAGGAAGGCUACAUCUCAAAUGUUGGAGGCGCUACAGCCGACAUAGUAUCAACACUGCAAGGAGCCGCUGCUGCCGAGCCCAUCUCCUUCAUUCAAGACGAAACCAUUCCGGGCUACUCCGAAACUGAACAGACCAUCUCGGAUGAGGAGAUUCACGAGGAGGCGGAAGACAGGAUACCACACCUCCAAUACGAAGUGGGUACAUAUGACAUCUCUGUCCCAGAUCAGACAGGCUCCUUUGACACCAUCCACGGGAUGAAGGAGAUGCAAGCCGCAGCUAUAACAGCCAAAGGUUUCAUUAGUGGACAGGAACAAGUGUCGGUAUUCACUAACAUCAUGUCUGCUCCCUUGGCUGAGGAAGAACUUGUUUCCUCAGCCACAUCCAUCACGGAGUAUGAUAAAUUGUCCUCCUUUCCUACCUCUAUUGCAGAGGACCAAUUGGUUACUCCCGUCACUACACCUCAGACUGAGGAAACGGGCAAAAGCUCACUGGUUAACGAUACUGUUAACAGCGUUCCCCUGGCAAUUCCAACCGAGGCCACACAUGGGAAAGAACACUUCCACUCMGCUGGGACCAUCUCACCAACAUCCUCCUUGGAGGACGACAAGUGCUUAAAGUCACCUCCAUCUGAGGAGUGCCUUCCUGUUGUCUCUGAUGUGAAGACUGAGGAUAAGGUCAUCAAGGCUCACGAUGAAGAGGAAGAAGAAGAAGAAGACCAAACUCCUAACGUUGACAUUUCACGUGAAAAACUACAGGAGCGUUUUGCCUCUCCUCAAGCGUUCCAGGAUAGAGAAAGGGAUGUGGAAAAGCUGCCUGCCUCUGAGUCUCACGUCUCCAAACCGGUUCAGGAUUUGAAGCUGYAUCACCCACCAGUUGAUGAGGAGGUACAGCUCUUUAAGUCCAAAGAAGACAUCUCAACGGCAGUGCCUUCAAAACCUAUUUCACCUCCACCCUCUUUCUCAAAGCCAUUUAGGUCAGACUCAGUUACUUCAGAAGGUGAAGAGCGGUGCUUCAGUCCAGACGAUAGCACUGUGAAAAUGGCCUCUCCCACACAGUCUGGACCUCCCAGUGCAACCCACUCUCCAACUCACUCUCCUCUUCAUCAGUCGCCUGUGGAAGAAAAGACCAAGAGCUUCCCAGGACUGGAGCAUCAAACACAGGAGGACGUUCAUGAUUCAGCCACCAAAACAGACGAUGAGGAUGCGAAGAAAGAUCAAGAAGGUAAUAAUGGAAAACUAGAUGCUGACAUCCAGAAAGAAAGUCAACAUGAGUCAGAUGCACCACCAUCUGGGGAGAAAUCAUUUGAAAAAGACUUGCCGGUUACAAAAGUGGAAGAAAAAGAUGGUCUCUCCGCUUCCAAAGAUGAGAUCCAACCGAAACAGGAGACAACUCCUCUUCCCUCUGAGUCAGUCACAAGGAAAGACGAAGUUUCCGUGUUAGUAAAGGAAUCUUUACGGGGAGACAUUUCUAGUGGCAAGGCUAUACUCGGACACAGUGAUGAGGAAGACGAUGAUGACCAUCAAGAGAAAGAAUCCAAAGUGUGCAGUAAGGCUAAAUUCCCAAAGGAGAAGGAGAGUAGCUUCUUAGAUGAUGACGACGGUGAGGAUGAUGAUGAUGAUACUUCUGAUGUAAAACCCAUAAAACAGGACAUGAAAGAGACAGAAAAGCAUGACACACAUGAGGCUGAAACCACCAAGGAAGAUACGAAAAGAACAGAAAAAGUUGGUACACUGAAGCUGAAACAUCAAGGACAGAAGAAAGAAACAGAAAAGCUCAUCAAGGAUAAGUGUGAACCUAUGAAAGAAGAGAACCAGAAAGAAAUAGAGACUAUAUUAACUUCUAAAGAUGAGCUCAGCUCUUGUAUCUCUACCUCUAAAGUGGAGCCAGCCUCAGACUCCACCACAACACAACAAAUAGUACAAGACAAAGAUACCUUUGUGGCUGAACCCAUGAAAGAUGAGWCGAAAGAAAAGGAUACUUUUGACACUGAACCGAUAAGAGAAGAUAAAAUAGAAAAAGAGCGAGAUACCCUUGACAGUGAACCGACGAAAGAAGAGCKCAGAGAGAAAGAGAAGGGUGAUACAUGCAUGGCUGAAUACACCCAGGGGAAGAAUAAAGAGAAGGAUACUUUUUUUGAGAUUGAAGUCAGUCAGGAAGAGAAAAUGAAGAAGGAGAAAGAUGAUACUCAUGUGGCUGAUGUCAGUAAAGAACGGAAGAUGGAAAAGGAGCAAGAGAAAGAAGAUACUAGUGAUUUCAAAGACGUGAAAGAUGAGAAAGAUAGAGAUYAAKGUUAUGAACCUGAACCCAUCAAAGYKGAGGAGAGAGCAAAAGAAAAUGAAACAGCUGACAAAGUCAAAGACGAGAAGAGCAAGGAAGAGACAGAAAAAUAUGAUUCUCAUGAGAUUGAACCUGCUAACGAGGAGGAAGAACACACCACCACACAGACAAGAACGGUAGAGAAACUAGAGGUGACGUCUGCGAUAAAGCUCGAGUCUACAUUUCAGGUUCAGUACUCAGACGGAGAUGAGGAGGAGGAAGAGGAAGAUGAAUCCAUUUGCAUGGCUGGUGCAGGCUCAAGACCUUUAUCAGUGGAACCUAGACAAUCAGAGCACGYCAUCAUGUCUCAACAUCUGCUCUCAACUCAGCCAUCAGAGAAUGUGCUUAGUGACCAAACGAAGGACCGCCACUCUGAACAGACCACUGGGCCUGCGUCUUCAUUACCGAAACGGGAGGCCUCUCCUGAGAAAGACAUCAAAGAGCAGCAUAAAGAAGGACAACAUAGACUCUCCCCUGAACUAGAAAAGGACACCAGGACAACUGAGACCACAUCAGGACCCCAUCUCAGCCAAGAGCCCACCAUUGGUUUCCCUACCUUGAAAGAGGAUACAGUCUCUGCUAGCUCUACCACCAAAGAAGAACCAGUCUCUGCUAUCUCUACCACCAAAGAAGAACCAGUCUCAGACUCCAUCACUACAGACAGCCAGGCUAUAAGUUCAACACUAUCACGCACCGAUAGCCAGGCUAUAAGUUCAACACWAUCAAGKUCWGACAACCAGGCUCCAGACUAUAAUUCAACACUAUCAAGCGUUGACAGCCAGGCUAUAAGUUCAACACUAUCAAGCUCUGACAGCCAGGCAGUAGGUUCAACACUAUCAAGCGUUGACAGCCAGGCUGUAAGUUCCACUCUCUCGAGCACCGAUAGCCAGGCAGGUGUGGAGGAAUCCACCCAGCAUGAAACACUGCUGCCUUCUAUGACAACAAGCAAAGAAGCAUCUAAUACGGAUGAAAAGACGAAGCAUGUUUCUCAAGAAGGAGAGGAGAAACCAGGCAAGGAAGCUGAGAGGGAAUUAGAAACAGAGCGGGAAGUUGCUUCCCCGGGACACACACAACCUUGUUCAUAUUUUCUCUUGGAUAAAGAUUCUGCGAAGUUUCCGGAGGAAGUGGGCCACAUCGAUGCUACAAAAGCAGACAGCGCCUCUGAAAAAGUGGAAGGUUUUGACACAAUGAGAACAGAGAAGGAGGCGAUCAGUGUGAGCUUGCAAGAAGAAAAUCAGGGCUUUUCUAAGUAUGAACCCUAUGAAAAGCCCAUUUCGAAAGASCAGGCAUCAGACAAUAAAGAAGACCGUGCGGUUUCUAGAGAGUUUGAUCGGUCGGCACAUAUUGGCAUUGAUGAUAAUAGGAGAACUAGGCAGGCAGACGCUGGUGCAGCUGCAUUCGACUCAGAGGACGAGGAAAAAGAGGAACCGCUGUCAUUCAGCAGCGUUGAUUACACUCCCCCACGUUUCACAGAGAGCGAGAGAAGCCCCAGUUGUAGCUCAAGUGCCUUCCCUGAACACAAUGACAAAGAGAAAGGUCAAGAAGAAGAGAGUGAUAGGAAGGAGGGACAUGCUACACCACACGUGGAAAACAGCUUUGCAUAUUCAGAGACUCAAGACAACAAAASCACCCCAGCAGAGCCAUGCUCAUUACCUUUCAAUCUCAAAGAAGAUAAACCUGAAAAAGUUGAGAAAGAUGAAAUGAAGGACGAUGCCUGGUCGGCCCCUCAAACAUCUACAGGAGAGACGGACAAGACUGGAGCAUCUCCUAGUAUAGAGGAGUAUCUGCCAGUCCAGUCAGGCAGAAAGGAAACAGCCUCUCUGUCAUGGGGCCAAUCCAACCUUGGUGCCCAAGCCUCAGCUACUGCCAUGCCUUUUGAAGACGUCCCUGAGAAGCAGACAACAGAGAAGGAAAAAGAUGAGCCAGUGAAAGACAAGUUGGAUUCAUCUGAUAGUGAGCGAGGAGACUCUCCCUCUGGUCGCUACUCACCAGCGGAGAAAGACAUGUUACCUCAUCAAGUUUUGCCUAAGGAAAAGGAAAAUCAGGCUACUGCUGCCCCCCUGGCCGCAUAUUCAGGACAUCUCAUAGACGAUAAUGUUCUUGCAUCUGAGAACACUCAAAUUGGCAGCUCUAUCACCAGUAAAUCUACAAUGGGCUAUUCUGAAAGAGAAGACACUUCGGACAGUGUAUAUAAGAGGCUACUGGUGGUAGGAGAGGAUUAUGAUGAUGACGAUGAUGAUGAUGAUGAAGAUGUUGAUGAAGAUGAGGACGGUGAAGAUGCGGAGGAAGAAGAAGAAGAAGCCAGUGAUCUAGAUGUGGAGAAGGGUGCGAGAGAGCAGUCUGAAAAAGAAAUCUGUAAAACUACAUCGGAUGAUACCACACCUUAUAAACUUCUUGUUACAGAAGAAGAGGACAAGAAGGCCAUCUCACCCGAACCCAGCCUCCUCAAAAAGGAGGAACCUACCCAUUCAAUGACCACAAGCAGCCCUCCACUGGUAGAUACUYCAGAUUCCCUUUUGAAGAAUGUAGUUGGUGCUUCGCCACUCCAGUCUGGCAGUUCCACUGCGAUGCAACAAACAGGUUCUGGAGGAUAUCCUUCUGAAUCCUCAGAGUAUUCCGAGGACAGCCAGCUGGGGUUAAAGGAGGAGAGGUUUGACAGUCCUGACCUAUCUCUGCCCACCAAGUCCAGUGAAGAUAAACAUUACAGUCAGGGAGACAUUGAAGCUGAGAGGCAGAGAAGCCCAGAUACCGCUAGUCGAAAACCAGAGGAAGCUCCUUCAUCUUACCUCCCAUCUGCCUCAGCUUCUCUAUCAACCAGCCACCAGUUUCGAGAGGAGGUACAGACUCCCGUCACAGUGUCUAGUGCCCCCUACAGGACAGAUUCUGAGGUUGCUUCCGUGGAGUAUUCUUCAUUCAAAGAUGAAGACUCCUCAGUCAAGCACUCAAUCCUCUCAACCUCAGGGGUAAUACUAAAAGAGGAGUACCUAGAAGCCUCUGAAAAGCUUACCUCAACAACUACAACUACAUUCAGUCUGACACAAGUCUCUCCAGUCUUACCUACUCCAGCCAAAGACACUAUUCAACAAGACACAUCGUCAAGCCCUAAAAUGGACAAGGGUCAGACCUCUGAUACCUUUCAUAAACUUGAGGGCAUUGUUGAAACCAAAACCAUGUCUGCUGGGGCUUCAGAACCAUUAAGUUCCCAGCUGUCCAAACCUGCUGAAACCAUAUCCACUUCGAGGGCUCUCUUUGAUGUUUCCCCAUUGCAAAGAGCUGACUCUCCCGACAGAGAAUCKCAGAGCUCACUGGGCAGCAAAGAGUCCUACACUUAUGAAAUGGAGGACAGUACUCUUCCAUGCCGCAUUGAAUGCCAGAAAUCUUCAGUGACAGAGCCAAAAGAAGGCAUGCUGUCCAUGACUGAGACACACAUGGUCACCAUCGUCUCCAGUACAACCACAACAGUGACCCAAUCUGAUGUGGUGACAAAACCACAGGAGUCAACUGAAGCCUCUUCCAAUGGGCCUACUGAGGUUAGCACAAGUGCCCAAGAAGUCUUCAGUGGAGCAAGCAAAGCCUCUUGUGCCACAAUGUCAGAUCUACCUAAAUCUGAUCUGCUUAAAUCUGAUCAGAAAAUGGAGGAAGAAGAAAAAGAGACAAAGAAAGAGAAAGAUAAGAUGGUAAUAAAAGAGGAGGAGAAGAAGGAGAGCAAAGUGGAGACCCUAAAGGAGGACAAGGAAAUGCCAGAGCAAAAGGAUAAGAAGAAAGAGAUGGAUGAGAAGAAAGAUAUGGAUGAGAAGAAAGAGAUGGCUGGAGAGAAGGAAAAGGUAGAGGAAAAGCAAUUGGAGAAAGACGGGAAGGAGGAGGAGAAGAAAGAUCAGACUGAUGAGGAGAGUGAAAAAGAGAAGGAGAGGAAAGAGGGAGAGAAAGAGAAAGUAGAGGAUAAAAAAGCAGAGAAACAGGAAGAGAAGAUGUCCGAAAGGAGAAAGAGUAGCUUAUCUGACUGGGAAUUCCUACAAGGGCCGGGCGCAUGCCCAAGCGCCCCUCCAGGAUAUGAAGACGACAGGGAAGAGGAGGAGGAGGAAGCGUACAAAACGGAAGAAGCAGAAGAAGCAGAGGAAGAAUAUGGUCAAGAAGAAUGCGUAGCUCCAGGCCAGCCCACCCCUCUGUCCACAGCAGAACAUGCCCARCAUACAAAGGCAUCUGCCAAAACAGAUGGAGAAUCCAGUCGUCCCACUGACCUGCAUAUGGAGGCUACCUCCUCGUCCCCCCCUAGCUACUCCUCAUGUGAAUACAAACACCGCAAAGGAGAAAUCUCCCCAUCCUUCAUCAACCCCAGUCCACACGCCCUCUCCAGCGAUGACGGCGAAGAGGACAAAGGGAGCGACCACUCUCUUGAGGGGGAUGAAGACGACCGCGAACAACACUCGGUCAAGAGGAGGUCUCACAAGCAGAAGCGACAUCUCACUCAAUGUGGAGCUACUGGAGCAGGGGAGGGGUCGCAACCAGUUUCCAUGCCUCCUGGUGGCAUGGCAACUGGACURGGYGUGGUGCUAGCUGGAGAGGAGACGCCUCCCACAUCAGUGAGCGACUCGUUAGCGUCGCAGUCUGACUCAGACGUACCUCCAGAGACCGAGGAGUGCCCGUCAAUUACAGCAGAGGGAAACCUGGACUCGGACGAAGAUGCAGAACACCUGCCGGUGGAUAAACUAUCAGCCUCCGCCACCGGAGGGGGCCAUCAACCCCCCUCGCCCAGAUCAGCUGCGAAGGCCCACGACCCCCUACCUGCCCCUAUGAAGGACCCCCUCCCACAUCCGCCACACCCUGACGUGUGCAUGGUGGACCCAGAGACCCUCCCUAAUGACCAAAGCAGCACUGAGAAACUUCUCAAGAAGGAUCACAAGACCACCAAGAGCCUACGGAAGGGCCUGGGCAAGCCUAAGUCUGCGUCCCCAGCCCGGAAGGGGAAGAGGUCCACCACCCCUGUGAAGCAGACCUCCAAGGACUCCUCGCCUCGAUCGGCSUCURUGAGAAGGAGGGACACGGAAAGGAGCUCCAGGCUGACGCAGAAGUCCGAGGGCCUGGGAUCCAAGGGUGACCUACACGCUCCAGGGAAAGGCCUGGUGAACGGCGUCAAGAGCAAUUUGGGUACCAACUCCCAGAAAUCUAGUUCAGCCGUCCCCCCUGGGCCUCCAAUCUAUGUGGACCUGGCCUACGUGCCCAACCACUGCAGUGCCAAGAACGUGGACCAGGAGUUCUUCAAGCGGGUGCGUGCUGCGUACUACGUGGUGAGCGGCAACGACCCGGCCGGUGGAGAGCCCAGUCGUGGUGUCCUGGAUGCCCUUUUGGAGGGCAAGGCCACAUGGGGCUCCAAUCUACAGGUGACUCUGAUCCCUACUCAUGACACGGAGGUGACGCGGGACUGGUACCAGCAGACGCACGAGAAACAGCAGGACCUGAACAUUAUGGUCUUGGCCAGUAGCAGCACAGUGGUCAUGCAGGACGAGUCCUUCCCUGCCUGCAAGAUUGAGUUCUAAGUUCUGUACCCGUUGCUAUUUCAUCCUCCCCUCAUCCGUGCUACUCUUUAUCAUCCCAUAUGUAAGAUUCCAUUGCAUUUGCUGCCGUCUUCGGCAUGUGCACUGGCUUCCAACUGGUCAAUGUUAUCUGACAACAGCCAGCUACAGUAUGUCAGGCAGAAACAUAGCUAAAGUACAGGGUACAUGGUAGCUGUACAAAGGUGUGAUGUAUAUUUGUUUCAAUUAUGCUUUCCAUUUAAACAACAUACUUGCACGAUAAAAACACCUUUUUAUUAGAUUCGGUCUUAAACAAUAUCGUUUUUUUUCUUCACAUAUAACCUCUCCAACGUGCACAUAUUGUGAUCACGCACAUCAUCCGUGAUGAGGAUAAUUCUCAAUAGCUAGUUCAGCUUUCAAAUCACUGUACUGCACCUCAAAUCCACAUCUAAAUGGACAACACUUUCCAAKUAAAAGUGCUAUCUUAACAAUGUAUCGAUUUGUCUAGCGUUGUUGGGGCAUCUAGUGCCUAAUGCUCCAUUAAGAUUGUUCACAGUUAAGUCACAUUCAACAUGUGAAACUUAAACACUCUUACUUAUUGUCUUAAACUCAACAGAGAAAUACAAAAUGAAAAUAAAAUGUAUAAAUUGCUUAUCCAAAGGAAGUGCCAAAACAGUCUUGAGGUAAGACAGUGGCUGUGUCCGAAAUCUGGCUUGCCUACUACUUACCUAAACUGUAUACUGCGUACUAAUUGUACUACAUACUACAAUGUACUUAGUAAAAAAAACGUAUGCAGCAAGCAACAAAUAUCAACAUACUACUCGUCCAUAAUGAGGAGGCAUCAUCAAACGUGUUAUCGCACUUGUUCCCAUGUCAUUUGUUCCUUUUUUGUAAAGCACAUCUGAUUAUCAGCUGGUGUCGAACGAGCGCGGGUGUGAAAAAACGAUUCACUUCCUCAAUAGUGUGUAGUAAAUUCUACCAGACGAACAGCCUAAAUAAGUAUGACAUCUGGGCAUUUCAUGAAUACUCGAAAUUUCACAUACUCAAACGGCCUACUAUUUAGGAUGCAAGUAUGGAUAUUCGGACACGGCCAGUUGUUAACACUCUCCAAAAUAAGUCCAAAACCGUUACGAGAUGAACAGUUACUUGAUCUCGCUAGACUACGCACAAUGUUGUAUAAUGGUAGUAGCUUAGUAAGUAUCCUAAAUUGAGGCUUUGUUUUCGAUAUAUAAGACAUUACUCCUGUUAGGAGAUAUUACGUAAGAUGCAGCUCUAGAUGCUGUACCGUUUGACUUUGUCAGUACUCUUAACUACGUCAACUAGUGUUACAGAGGACUAUUACCACAUAGCUUGUCGUGAAGCUUUAGGAGGGGCCUGAAAGUGCUAKUUUCAGUUAAAAUAACUAGCUAGCUUUUAUGAAUUAUUUUUCCUCGGUAGCUGAAGCAUGAUUCUUGCAUUUAGCUCAGACUCCUCCCUCGAGUAGCCUAUAAACAUGUUCCAAUACCUUACCGUUUGGCUGUGUGUUUGCUAAAAGGAACGUUACACUGUAGGCACCGGGCAAAGAGAUGGUUCUCUUGUAUUAGCUAUAUUUCUGCUGGAUGUAAUGGUUCUUUAUCAAUAUAUGAAGCAGUGGAGGCUGCUGAGGGGAGGGACGGCUCAUAAUAAUGGUCGGAACAGAGUGAAUGGAAUGGCAUCAAACAC